GCUGCGCACCUGCGAGGAGUGUCGCCCCCUCCCGGGCACUGCGGGCCGUGACACCCUGCGGCGCGCGAGGUCCCGGUGCCGACGGUCCCUCGGGAAUGUGCCCGGGAAUGUGCCCCGGGAAUGGCCCUCGGGGCCGUGCCUCGGGGCGCGGGGUGCCGCUGGCGGCUGUCCUUCGGGCUGUCCCUCAGGACGCGGGAUGCCAGGCUAGCUGUGCCCAAUUUAUGUCAGGGCCAUUCCGUGGAGUUCGCAGCCGCCUUCCCCCCGAGCGCUGCCUGGGUGAGGCGGGACAGCGGCGGUGCCCGCGGGCACGGCAAUACCCGGGGCACCGGAGCCGCCCUCGAGCAGGAUUUCAGAGCGGACAUCGCGGUCUCCGCCGCGCCCGUGAGGGGCGAGGGGCGCGGAGGCGGAGCCGGGACCGGCGGGGCGGUUCCGCGGGGCGGUUCCGCGGCGGGGUCGGCGGCAGCGGGGCCGCCCCGGCGACUUCUUAGCGGCGGUGCGGGCGGUGCGCUGUGUCGCACUCUCGGAGUCCCGUCAUCCCGUCCCGUUCUAUCCUACCCUGUUCAAUCCUACUCUGUCCUGUCCUGUCCCGUCCGCCCGGCUCUCGCCAUGGGCUCGACUCCCCCCGUGUUCAUCGGCGCCGAGGAAGUGGAGAAGCACCUGCACCGCGCCAGCCUCCUGCUGCCGGCGCUGGAGGCCGCCCUGGCCAACUUCUCUGCGGGCGCGGCGGGCGGGGUGGUGCAGCCCGUGCGCACCGUGCUGCCCGUGCCCCGCCACGGCGGGUACCUCGGAGUCAUGCCCGCGUACAGUGCCGCGGACGAUGCGCUGACAACCAAGCUGGUGACUUUCUAUGAGCACCUGAAGGACUCGUCUGUGCCUUCCCACCAGGCGACUGUCCUCCUCUUUGACCCCAGCAAUGGUACUUUGAAAGCUGUCCUGGAUGGCAGUGUCAUUACAGCAAAACGAACAGCUGCAGUUUCUGCCAUUGCUACCAAGUUGUUAAUGCCACCUUUUGCAGAAGUGCUGUGCAUUUUGGGAGCUGGUGUUCAAGCAUACAGCCAUUAUGAUAUCUUCACAGAACUCUUCACGUUUAAAGAGGUGAGGAUAUGGAAUCGCACCAAGGAGAGGGCAGUGCAGUUUGCCAGCGCUGCCAGCGGCCCCGUGCGGGUCUGCUCCUCCGCCCAGGAGGCGGUGACAGGGGCGGAUGUGAUUGUGACGGUCACUAUGGCGACAGCUCCCAUCCUCUUUGGGGACUGGGUGAAGCCAGGUGCCCACAUCAAUGCUGUUGGAGCAAGCAGACCAGACUGGAGAGAACUGGAUGAUGAGCUGAUGAAGAAUUCUGUUCUGUUUGUGGAUUCCAGAGACGCUGCUCUUACAGAAUCAGGAGAUGUUAUUUUAUCAGGGGCGGAGAUUUUUGCUGAGCUGGGGGAGGUUUUGAAGGGUACAAAACCAGCCCUGCCUGAGAAAACAACAGUGUUUAAAUCAUUGGGGAUGGCAGUUGAAGACACAGUAGCAGCAAAAUUUGUUUAUGAUGCGUGGUCAGCUGGUAACUAAGAGAGAAGUCUACAAUGCCAGAGGCCAAGAAAAUCGUUUGCACUUAGUUUCCUUGAAUCCUGUGCUAACAAGAAAGGCACCAAUCCUAUCUACAUGUGGCCCUUCUAGAACAUUUAAGAAGGAAAAGUAAAAUUUCAGCAAUAGACUAAUUUCUAAAGUCUUCUAAUUUCAAGUAUUGGAUACUUGCAGUAUUGUUAAUAACAGCAAGUAUUAGAUGUUUGCAGUGAUACUAACAAGGGUAUCUUUCCAUAUUUUGGUAUACUUCUGGAAUCAAUGCCUUUCCUCUCUAAUUAUUUAUGUAGCAGAAGCCUGUGUGUAGAUUUCAUGGAUUUUAGAGGGAUAAUUCAUUCUGGUGAAAAAUAGAUCAGUUUGUAGUAUGGACUCUGGCAUCAUAUUUACCUGUGAUGGUACUUUAAAUGCAACUGUGGGUUUCAGUGCUCCAAUGACAGUGACCUUGUCUUCAGCCUCCUGGGCACACAGCCCACCUCUAGCUCCUGGACACACCUUCCCUUCCAGCUCACAAUUUUUUUUCACCCCUUGCAAUCCACCUUCCUUUGCCCUCAGUGGUUUUUCACUAAGGGCACAGUUCUGAGUAGGGGUUUAUGUAAUAACCAUCCUUCCCUCCAGUUGGGUUUCUGCUCAGUACCUCCCUUAGUACAUGCCUCACUGGGAAAUUGCCAUUUUCAUAUUGCAAGGAGUCACACAGAAUGUGAGGGCUAAUAUAUGUUUGGAUUUAGCUUUUAUCUAAAUUCUGUAGAGAGAUUUUGCUGUUAAUCCGUGGUGCCUCUGAGUUGUUUUUCUAAGCUUCUUGAAGGCUGGAACCAUACAAACUGAUUUCAAGUAUGCAGGCAAAUAUUUUCAGUUUGGCUGUACCAUGCUUCAAUUGCUAAUUGUUCUAUUAUCACAGAUAUUAGCUGGGGCAGGAAUUUUCAUGAUCCUUUCCUGGCAGAGGAGCCCAGUCACAUAAGGAAAAGUUCCAGUUUUGUGCUGUUAUGCAACUGCCUUGCAAAAGAGUGAGCAUCUGCUGAAAAACAGCUAUUGCCCUGGAAACAAAUUCCUGUCUCAGGCUCACAAGUUGUGCCUUGUGAAAUUUUAUUUCCAUUUGCAUAUUAUUUCGUGCAGGCUAUUAAGUGUUUCUUCAUGCUGUGGAAGAGUAGGAUGACAUUUUAUAACAUGCCAGUGGAAUAGAGCAGAGCAACAGGAGGGAGGGUCAGGAACAGCUGGCAUUAAAGCCCUGGAGAGUGCAUAGGUAAGUGUAGAAGAGGUUAAUGAGUACAGUGCAGGUGUGAUGUAAAUAAUACUCCCAGCUGUAAGCCUGGUGUAAGCUAGUUGGAAAAUGUACUAAGUGGCAGAGGUAGCAUAGAAAGGUACCAGACCACCUGAUAGUCCUGAAGGGUGUUUGAUGUGGAUCCAAACUGAACUCCACUAAUCCUGUUUAUUCCAUCAGAAAAAACAACAGAAAUUUCUCUGUGAGCUUUUGUGUUUUAACUGUAGCAAAAUUACUCUUCUGUUUUUACAUGUCUCGUUUCUUCUCUGUCAUUUCUGAAGUGUUCAGAAGUUUUAAGUGUUGACUUAGUUUGUUGGUUCAUUCAUGCAGAACUACACUAACCUGAGGUAAAAAUGAAAGCAAACGAUGCUCCAUUAUUCAAGAACUCCAUGGAAACUUGCAAUUAAUAAUUAUGAAAAUAUUAUCCCAGUUCUGUGCCAGUGUUAUACUAGAUUUGUUAUUUGAAGUGAGAUGUAGUGUUUGGGAAGAAGACAAGUCCAGUUUAUUUUCACAUGUACUCCCCUACAGACUAUGCACUUUAAAAAAUAAAUGGAGCCAGUCCAAAGACCUGGUUCUGAAAACCCACAUUGUUCUCAGCUUCAUUGGCAGUGGGAGAUUUUGGGAGCCUGGCUUCAGUGUUGUACCUCUGAUGUCAUGAAGUUCAGUUACAAUGGGAAUUGCUUGGAUGCCACCUUUAGAUUUUCUGAGGGAAAAUAAUAGCAUCAAUUUCUAUGUUUCCUUCUCUUACAAACUAAUGGAUCAUGAAAUUGUGUAACUUGCAUUUAUAUUAAAAUUAAAUAGAUACUGCUGUUUGUCUUUGACACUCA